AAGAACAACUGUGUCAACAACCUUUAUUACUUCACGUUUAUUAGGCUCAGUAGGCAAAAAAAGAAAAAAAAAAAGAAAAAAGAUGGUUGAUGUAGUUUCCAAAAACAACAUCCAAACGCUCCAUCUGAGAUGCAAUACUAGCUGUUACUGCUUACUCGUCUUCGGAACCACUUUAAGGGUGAACCUGGACAGGGAUGCCCCUCCCGGUUGCAAGUUCUUCUCUGUGAAGUGCUCACGCAAUGUUCUAUACACCAUUACCCCAACACCGAACGAGACUUCCCAUUCUUCUCCUAUGCCCCUCAGUGGAAACACAGUGUUACACAUUAGCACGAAACCUAACUUUCAUUUUGACCUCAACUACAAAGAAGAGCUGACAAUCUGGUUCUAUAAGGAGGACAAAGCUUAUAUGGAUUGGGCAGAGAUUAGGAUUGCACCUCUUGAGCUCUCACUAGACGUGGAUGCUGACAGAGAUGGUGUUGUGGAGAAAAACAACCCAAAUAAGGCUUCCUGGAAAUGGGGUCCUGAUGGGCAUGGAGCUGUCGUUUUGGUAAACUGUGACAGAGAACGUUAUGUAUACUAUCGAAAACCAGACUGUCAACUCAAAGACGAGAAACAAAAUCAUAUAACUCUUAAGGACUGUGCAACCAUGCUUCUGCGGAUCAACGGCCCUGAGUUACUCGUUGCGGGUUACAAACUUGUCAUGCAUAUCUCUGAGAGAGAUUCAGAGUAUAUUCGAGUCUACCGAGAUGAGACCGAGGACGAGGACUACAUUACUAAGUCCAAAGCUCCUGAAUUUAUUAGAAAAUAUAUAUAUGAUUAUCCACUGGUCCUGAGCAGCGAGGUGCUGUCUCAGGAACUUCCUCAACUUGAACGCGCUCCUCAACUCAAAUUUUAUGUGGAGGGCCUGAGGUUUCCUGACAAGGAUUUUGACGGACUCGUAACCAUCAACCUCAGCUUAAUGAGGAGGUUAGGUCAGGACGGUCCUGACAUGCCUGUUUUCACAGACAAAGUGGUGUUUAGAGUUUCGCCAUGGAUCAUGACGCCCAAUACCCUCGAGCCUGAGGAGGUGUUUGUCUGCAGUACAUCUGAUAACGCGUUCCUCAAAGAAAUUAAGGACCUUGUUGACAGGAGCGGACACCAGCUGAAGACCGUCGAAAAACGCAAGAACAGAGGAGACCGCUGGAUUCAAGAAGAGAUAGAAUUAGGCUACGUUGAUUCGCCAUAUCACAGGUUUCCUGUGGUUCUGGAUUCACCUAGAGAUGAAAAACCUGAUGAUUAUCCCUAUCAUGGUAUCGUGGGGCCUGACUUUGGUUAUGUGAAAAGAGAUGCUGACAGAGAUGCUGUUAGCAGUCUGGACUCCUUCUGUAACCUGAAGGUCAGCCCUCCUGUGACGGUGAAUGGGAAAAAAUACCCUCUGGGCAGAAUGCUCAUUGGGGUUGCCUUCCCAAAGACCACAAAUGGACGAAACAUGACCCAAGUCGUUCAAGACUUCUUGUGGGCUCAGAAGGUUCAGGAACCUGUGGCCUUGUAUGCUGAUUGGCUCGUCAUCAGCCACAUCGAUCAAUUCAUGACUUUUGUUCCUGCUCCUGACAGAAAGGUAGUUAAAAACAACAAAGAUGAAAUUGACUGCAUUGACUGGAACAGGGAUGUGCUGAAGAAAGAGCUGGGCCUGGAUGAGGAGGAUAUUAUUGACCUGCCAAUCCUUUUCAAGCUGGUGACUAAGGACAAUGAUGAAAGAGCAGUGGCCUACUACCCUAAUAUGGUUUGUUUUAAUUCUUCCUUCGGCUUUUAAGUUAAGAUGCAAAGAAGAUGGAAGUUAA